AUGCUACCUCUCGUCCAUCCUGAGACUCCUACUCUACUUCCUGGUUCUACUUCUGAGGCCAAGUAUACUUCUGAUCUCUUGGCUCGUGCUAGUGUUACCGAUUGCAAGAUUGCCUCUACUCUCGUUGAUCCUCAGACUCGUCUCACACCUCUUGACGGCCACCUGUUGUCUAAUGCUACUUUAUAUCGUCAGCUAGUUGGUAGUCUUGUCUAUCUCACGGUUACUCAUCCAAACAUUGCUUAUGUUGUUCACAUUGUUAGUCAAUUCAUGGCUGCUCCUCGCUGUUCGCACUAUGAUGCUCUAGUUCACAUUUUACGCUAUCUCAAAGGCAUUAUGUUUCAUGGUCUUCACUACUUCGCUCACUCUUCCCUACAAUUACGUGCAUUUUCUGAUGCUGAUUGGGUAGGGGACUCUACUGGUCGUCGCUCUACUACAGGGUUCUGUUUCUUCUUGGGUGACUCUCUCAUUGCCUGGUGUAGCAAGAAGCAAACUCUUACUACUUGUUCUAGUACUGAGGCUGAAUAUCGUGCUCUUGCUGACAUACAUCGGUCCAGCACGACCCCUUUAAACUGUUCCAACAUUGAUUCCGGUUAG